AUGGAGGAAUCCUUGGACGGUCGUGACGGCAGCGCGGGUGCCAGCGGCUUCGACUCGGCAGCCAUUUUGAAUGAUGACGUUUCACCCACUACAAGUUUCUGCUACAAUAUACCUAAUUUGUUUAAUAGCCUAGGCCCCGGCUCAGUACUAUGCGAGCGAGCUGACACGGAACCCAGUGAGACUUACACCCCCACCGCCGAACCCUCGGACGAGACAGCUGACCACCAGCAGUUUGAAGAUGACGAGGAAUACUCACCUAAAUCUACAUCUGAUGCCAAAGGAGAUUUACCAAAGCGGAAACAAAGGCGGUAUAGGACGACAUUCUCGAAUGUUCAGCUAGAACAGUUGGAAGCUGCUUUUCACAAGACACAUUACCCUGACGUGUUCUUCAGAGAAGAAUUGGCCAUGAGGAUUGACUUGACUGAGGCUAGAGUACAGGUGUGGUUUCAAAAUCGUCGUGCGAAAUGGCGUAAGCAGCAGAAAGCAGGUUGCGAGGGCUACCCGGCUGCGCCGAGAGGUCCCAGGUCUCCUGACGAGAGGUCCUCAUCAGCCUUAGCUCUUGAAAUGAGAGAUUUUAUCACAAUACCUGUCUCAACAACACAAAUGAUAAAUUUAAACGACACUCAGACACAAGUUUACGCAACGAAAUCCAAACCUUCUCCACCAGCCAUCCAUAUAUCAGCCUUACCCACCAGACAAAAUCCUCAGGUAGACCUUCCAUCCUUCUCCAUACCACUCCAAUACAACCUUGGAAGCUUCAAGAAAAUUGGAGAAGACGUCCACUUAGACCUUGAAACAGUUGACCAAACAACUUGGGAUUCCAGAAUGAUACCCAAUUUCAACCUGAUGAAUCUAAAGCCAUUGAUAGAAACGAGAGAAAAUGUUGACCUUGAAUUAAAGUAUGAGGUCAAAAAUGAAAAUAGAGUGAAUUUCAAUGAAAUACAGACGGUGCAAGCUAUAGAAACUGAUGAUAUACUAGGAAAAGAUACGGGAAAUGAAGGUCAGACUAUUUCACCAGAUUUUGAAAUACAAAGGUAUCAGAAUUAUCAGAAUGAAAGCGAGAAAAGAUUUAGAGAGCAAAGUUUUGAGGAUUCUAUGAUGGAAGAUGGGAGAAACGAUUUUGUUUGUGAUGGUGAUUUUCUUUGUAAGAAUAAUUUUGAGAAAGUCGAUGAGAAACGUAGUGAGUUUGAAGAGUGUCAUUUGUUAGAUAAUGAUCAUACUGUUGGUAUUGGUAAUUUUGAAAGUAAUCUUUAGUCGGAAUAAGUAAAUCAAAGAGUUACAGUUAAAUGUAAAAAAAACUUUUGUUUUUUUAUUUGAGUGAUCU